AUGAUCGCAAUCCAUACACUCAAAAGACAGCGCCUCACUGCGAUCACGUCUCAAGCCUCAAGUUGCUAUCCCCGGUUCUUCUCGAUAUCGCCCAUCUCCCGGGAUGCUCGCUCCUCGGCUUCGAAGCAACCCCCAUCUAAACCCCACUCCAUUGAUCCGCGAUGGCUUACCAUGAUCAAAAGACGGAUUGGAAAAUGCAUGAUGUUCGGCCUGAAGCCGCCACAGGUCAAGGAAGCAGGAGAUAUUCUUCAGCGCAUUGCGCGGGAUUGGCGCGAGCUGGUCGCCGGCAGUGAGGGAUAUCUGACAGAUGAACAGAGGAGAGGACACGUCAAUAACGUCACGUACCUCCGAUACGCCGAAACCGCACGGGUAUACUUCAUUCGCAACAUCGCCGUACAUAUAGAUCCAGCACACAGGAAAGAAUGGAUGAAUCUGGUCAGCCCAAAAGGAGUUGGCGUCAUUGUCCGCAGUCUCAAAAUCGACUACAAAUUCCCCAUGACGUACCCCGACAAAGUCACCGUGUACCACAAACUAGUCCACGACCCCUCGGCUCAGCAGUCUCAAUUCGCGUUCGACCUUCAGGCUAUGAUUUUAUCCGAAGCGCGUCAGCGACCUGCUGCCCGCGUGCAUGAGGAUAUUGUCGUGUACGAUUACAAGCAGAACAAGAAGACUAUCCUGCCGCCAUUUGUCGAGGCGCAAUUUCAGACCAUGUGGGAUCUCCAAGAGCGAGCCAGGAAACACUGGCAGCAGCAGAUCCUUGAUAUUGAGACGCAAGUCCGCAAAUUGGAGGUGGAAAGCUGGGAUCGGGAGGAUGCUGUCGAGGAUAUGGGUUCUGCAAGGAAAUGA